AAAUUUUGAUGAUCAUCCAACAGGGUGCAGAUCAGUAGAUGCUCAUAGCCAAUAGGCUUUGUUCAUAUUAUCAUGAAACCAUCUGUGAAGUUUUUGUUUAUUUUGAAUUUGGGUAAAUUAAAUCAAAACUUAACUCUUUUUCUUGAUUUUGCGAUGAUAAACUCAUUUCAAUCAAUAAUUUGGUAGACAAAUAAUGAACAAGAAGUAAUUUGACAGUUUCUAUUCCGAACAGAGCAGUAAAAAAUGCAGUUCAAUAAUAACAGAAAUGCAGUUAUCACUUACACGGUUAUAUUUGUAUUAAUCUUACUUGCGUCAAUAUAUGUUGUACAUUACACAGGAUUUCGUUUGCAAAAUCUAAUUAGUGUCUCUGAUGGUAAAUCUUCAGAUGAAGACGUGAUUCAAACCAAUAGCCUGGAGGAACUUCUGCAAGAGGGUGGGGAUCAACUAUUAGCAUACGCUGAAAAGCUUGUUGAAGAUGAGAAUAGCGUUCUCAUGAAUGGUGAAGGAAUGAUGAAGGUGGUCAAUGAUAAAGUAGGAUAUGGAAGUGGAGGCGGUGAUAAUGUUAGCCGAACUCAGGUGAGUUAUUCCGAAUUCGGAAGAAAUAAUAACAGUAGAGAUGAUAUGACAUCAGACGCUUUAAAUAAUAUUAUGCGCAACUAUUUGAAUUAUGUUGGCUUGAAAAAGGAAGAAGCAGAAGCAGCUAAGAAUGCGCAUUAUGCUCGUCUUCAACAGAUAGAUGAGAACAUGCUUAGUUCGAAAGAAAAACAAUGGAAAAUACAAGAAGAAAAGCGGAGAAAAAAGAGAUUGAUAUCCAGGAGAGGUGUUGUCAGUAAAGACCAAGAUCUCCAGUCAGAGACAUUGGAUUCAAAUAAUGACACAGAAAUUAUUUAUAAAUCUUUGAUGAAAGAUUCAAUUGCUACUGAAACAAACGUUACAAAACUCAACACUUCAACCAUGCUGAAGAAAAAUAUUAUAAGCAACUCAAAUUCAGUAGACGAAAAAUCAUCCUUUCCAGAGUCCAAUGAUGUAGAUCAAAAACUUCAACUGCAUAAUACUGGUCCAGAAGCACUGAAAAAUAGUGAAUUGCAAUGUAAUGCAAUCUCUAUCAGAACAAGGUCUUUGGACGAACCCAGAAUUUUGAGUCUGCCAAGCAAUGUUAUUAAUGCCAUGAUCGGUCAGGGUAAUAUCACUGACCAAGGAAAGAGGAUGAUGAAGCGAGAAGAUGCAGCUAAGGUGGACAGUGAAGAGCAACUGAAAGGUACCACUCUUUGUGUGCCGAAAGAUUCUGGUCCUGUUAAACCUGUUAAGCCAAAUGGGGCUGGGAAAACAUCUGAAUCUCCCAUCCGUAAAGUUGACGUGGAUUCUGAUGGUGAUGACAUUGCUGCUGCCAAACUGAUAAAUGGUUUCAUGCAGAGUGUCAUGGAUCAAGCAGCAAAGAUUGGAAAUCUGAAGAGUGAACUGGGACUCGGUAGGAAAAGUGAUGUUGAAUAUCAAUCGUUCACAAAUAUUAAUAAAACUGUGACAAAUGAAUUUAUGAGUAACGUAUUUGGUUGUGUGGACAAGCUGGUGGAGAACACUCUGGCAAGACAGGUGUGCGGCCAGCUGCCUCCGGACAUGAAGCGCUUCCUCAACUGGCUGCUGAACUCGGGCGUGUCAAAGGAGCAGGCCUGUAGCGCCCAGAAGUCCUCAGGUGAGACCGAUUUUGCCAAUUUCGUGUUUUCCGCUGCUGGAUCUAACAGAAAUGAAACAAGAUUCAAUAAUGUGAACAUUAUUAAUGAACAAUGCUCGUCUAUGGAGAAGAAUAGAAAUAUCUAAAUUAUGGAAAUAAUAAUUAUUCCAAUGAUGCAAUGCGAGGAGAUUAACAUAAUACACUAAUUUCGAUACCAACUUUAUGAGCUGAGUGUCAAUGAAGAAAAAAUUUCUAAAUAAUGAAAAUGACCAAAAAGAGAUAAAAUGAUCGAUUGAUUUAAGGAAAAAAUGCAAGGUAAUGCUACUGGCUACCUUAAACUAUUUUGGUGUGAAGAACCCAUAAAGAAUCACGUAGACUACACAUUCUAUAAAUGAGAGAGAAUUAUGAACUUGAACCAAUCCUACUAAACUUCAUGAGUAUGACGAGUGCUAUUUGAAGUGCGAAUUGAUCAAAUCAAACUCUGUCUAAAUGUUCGAAUUUCGCGAGUAUUAUUCACCAGGAGACAAGGGGAGCGAAAUUUAUCUCAAUAAUCUUUUUUACAUUAUUGAGAGAUGAUUAAAAAUUUAUAAUAGUCAUUAUGAGAAGAUUAUUGUGGAUCAAAUUUCCUCUGUAGCUGAAAUAUAGGAACCGUAUCUGGAAUGCUCGAAAAUUGUAAUGAAAUGAUGAUCAUAUUAUUAAAAACGAGUUGGAUCUUGUAAAAGAAUCCUUAACCUUUCAUAUCAUGUUUACCAUAAUAUGAAUUAUCAUGGACAACAAUUAAUUAAACAUAAGAACUGAUAUUUAUAUUUUUUUAACAUAGAAAUUCAAAUUCACUCCAAUGUAAAAAUUUAAUACUGUAUGCAUUGAGAAUAUUUAAGAACGGGAAAUUCUCACCAAAUAUUCCUAAUUUCCUUAUCCUCACAAGAGCUCACCCAUAAUCGCUUCUAUUCAC